AGUAAUUACAUUAUUGAAUAUUCCAUUGCUAUUUGAGUAUUUACUAAUAUUGUAUACAUUUUUGUUUUAGUAUACUGUGUACUGCAUUUUUAACAUAGUAAACAGUGAUCCAUCAAUGGUGUCAUUGUCAUUUUUUUAAUACUAAAUCGAAUACUAGUUAGAUAACUACAUUUUCCCCGACGAGUGAAAUCUAGUUUAAAAAAAAUUCUGCUAUGGGUAUUACUGGUUUAGCAAAACUUAUAGCGGACAUUGCUCCAAAUGCAAUCAAAGAAAAUGAAAUUAAAAAUCAUUUUGGCCGUAAAAUUGCGAUUGACGCUUCAAUGAGUCUUUACCAGUUUUUGAUCGCAGUCCGUAGUGAGGGAGCCCAACUGACAAGUGCUGAUGGCGAAACUACUAGUCAUAUUAUGGGUACAUUCUAUCGUACAAUAAGACUUUUGGAAAAUGGUAUUAAACCAGUAUAUGUAUUUGAUGGUAAACCACCUCAAAUGAAAUCAUCAGAAUUAGAGAAACGAGCUGAUAGAAGGCAGGAAGCACAAAAAUCAUUAGAAAAAGCAGAAGAAGCAGGUGAUGCUACCGGAAUUGACAAAUUUAGUAAACGAUUAGUUAAAGUAACAUCAACUCAUACGACUGAAUGCAAAGAACUGCUAAAAUUAAUGGGAGUUCCUUUUGUGGAAGCUCCAUGUGAAGCUGAAGCACAAUGUGCUGCUAUGGUAAAAGCUGGUAAAGUGUAUGCUACUGCUACUGAGGAUAUGGACGCCUUAACAUUUGGUUCUCCAGUAUUAUUACGUCAUAUGACAUUCAGCGAAGCCAGAAAAAUGCCAAUUCAAGAAUUUCAAUUGGAUUCAGUAUUGGAAACAAUGGAAAUGACUAGAGAUGAAUUUAUAGAUUUGUGUAUACUGUUAGGAUGUGAUUACUGUAACAGUAUUAAAGGAGUUGGACCAAAACGAGCUAUUGAGCUAAUGCGACAAUACAGAUCAUUAGAAAACAUUAUUGAAAAUUUAGAUACCAAAAAAUAUCAAGUUCCUGAAAAUUGGCCAUUUAAAGAAGCUAGACGGUUAUUUAUUGAACCAGAAAUAACAGAUCCUGAAUCUAUAGAUCUAAAAUGGAUGGAUCCAGAUGAAGAAGGAUUAGUUAAAUUUUUAUGUGGUGAUAGAGGAUUCAAUGAAGAUAGAGUAAGAAAUGGAGCUAAGAAGUUAAUCAAAGCACGAUCUGGUACAACUCAAGGUAGAUUGGAUUCAUUUUUUUCAUUUUCUUCAACGCCAAAUAAGCGUAAAGCUGAAGAAGCAAAGGCAGCAGCAGAAGCCAGCAAAAAAGCAAAGAAGGGAAAUUACAGUAAACGGGGAAGAACAAAAUAAAUACUUGAAUUUUAUUUGUUUAUUAGUUGUUUUUUUAUAAAAUAAUACACAAUUAAAUAUUAGAUUUAGACCAGAAAUUUACUCUUUUCACUAAUUUCUAUAAAUUCAAUGGAAUCUUAGUUUAUAAGCUACUUAAAUUUACUUUUAUAUCUAGUAUAAUAUUAUAAAAGGGUUUUUUGGCAAUAAAAAAUCUCUUUUUUCACAAUUGUAUGUUUAAUUUAAAUUGUGCCAUUUGGCACAUUGACCCAACAUUUUUUCAUUAAUGUUUAUUGUUUACAGACACUAUUUAGCUUAAUUUUGUAAUAUUUAUUUCAACUAUUAAACAUCUAAUCAAUACUUAUAUAUAAUCAUAAAUUUUAAUUAAAUCAAACUGAUCUGUUUUAUAAUAAUUAUGUAGACAUAUUCUAAACUUGAAUAAUUUUUAAAUUUUUUUUAUUUUAAUUUUUUAUUUAAUUUUAAAUUGUAAUCCUUUAAGUUAUUUAGACUAGAGGAUAGAAUAAUGAUAAUAUGACAUAGAACUUUAAAAUUUAAUAUUAUAUAAUUAUAAUUUUAAUUUUAUCUAUUAUGUGAAUUUAUUAUUGAACAUUUGAACCAUGGUGAAUCUGUAGAGUAAAGACCUUGUACAGCUGAUGUUCUAGUUGUACUAAAUAGCAUAUAAUAAAUAUUACUUUAUAGUAGAUAUAAGCCCAGAAUAAGACAAUUAGAUAAUGUAUUAAGACAUUUCUGGCAUAAGAUAUAUAUUUUUUUUAAGA